AUGGUUGAUCUACCUUACGCCCUCGACGCGGAAACGCCCCUCAAGGCAUCCGAGCUCCAGGUCCUCCGCGCCCAAUAUGAAAAAGAAGGCGACAUGGUCGGCGUCCAAACCAAGUUCAACUACGCAUGGGGCCUCGUAAAAUCAGACUCCCGCAACGACCAACAACUAGGCGUCCGCCUCCUCUCCGAAAUCUUCCGCGUCUCCCCCGAGCGCCGCCGCGAGUGCCUCUUCUACCUUGCCCUCGGCAACUACAAGCUCGGAAACUACGGCGAGGCCCGCCGCUACAACGAUCUCCUCCUCGAGAAGGAGCCCGCCAACCUCCAGGCCUCCAACCUGCGCCAGCUCGUCGACGACAAGGUCGCCAAGGAAGGGCUCAUGGGCGUCGCGAUCAUCAGUGGUGUUGCGGUCGCGGCGGGUGUGGUGGGUGCGUUUUUGGUGAGGAAUGUCAAGAGGAGAUAG